AUGUACUCUCUUUUGAAAGCGUUCCCACCAAGAACACGUGUCAGGUCAAUUUCCUUGGUCCCGCCAAGAAAAAUAAGGAUGAAUGCAAUGCUACCAGAUAUCCUAGAAUCACGAAGACCAAAGGAGUCCCCAGAAUUUGAUCAUUCGACCUUGUCAAAUUAUAAAUCCUAUCAAGUCCAUCACACAAGGUUGGAAUUACAGAUACUAUUCGAUGAGUGUAUUGUUAAAGGUAGAGUGAUUUAUAAUUUAUCUGCCCGCGGAGUAGAUUUUCACGAGAUCGCGCUCGAUUCCUCAUUUUUAAACAUAGAAUCUAUCCAACUUAACAAUGAAACGAUCGAAAAUUUCGAGGUAUUACCAAGAAUUGAGCCAUUAGGUUCAAAGAUAACCAUCAAACCACCAACGAUUCCAAAGGAACCAUUUGAGUUAGGCUUAACAUUUACAACUACAGAUAGAUGCACAGCACUCCAAUGGUUAACAAAAAAACAGACGUCUGGUAUGCCCUAUGUAUUCUCUCAAUUAGAGGCAAUACAUGCCAGAAGUUUGUUCCCAUGCUUUGAUACACCUUCAGUUAAGUCUCCCUUUUCUGCAAGUAUUACAUCUCCUUUACCUGUUGUGUUUUCUGGUAUAUCUACUGGGAGCAAAAAUAAUAUCUAUUGUUUUGAACAGAAAGUUCCAAUACCAGCCUAUUUAGUAGGGAUUGCCUCCGGUGACCUAGCAAGUGCUGCAAUUGGACCUCGUUCUACUGUAUAUACAGAACCAUUCCGUUUGGAAGAAGCAAAGUGGGAAUUCUCCGAUGAUGUCGAGAAAUUCAUUCAAGCCGCUGAAAAUAUUAUUUUCGACUAUGAAUGGGGUACUUAUGAUAUAUUGAUCAACGUGAACUCCUAUCCGUAUGGUGGGAUGGAAUCUCCAAAUAUGACUUUCGCUACGCCAACGUUAAUUGCACACGAUAAAUCAAAUAUUGAUGUGAUUGCGCACGAGUUAGCCCAUUCUUGGUCCGGGAAUUUGGUCACAAACUGCUCCUGGAACCAUUUUUGGCUAAAUGAAGGUUGGACGGUCUAUUUAGAAAGGAGAAUUGUAGCUGCUAUCCAUGGAGAAUCCACUAGACAUUUCAGUGCAUUAAUUGGCUGGAACGAUCUAGAAAAUUCAAUUCAUGCGAUGAGAAAUCCAAAUAGAUUUUCAACUCUGGUCCAAAAUUUAAAUGAUGGCACAGAUCCAGAUGAAGCCUUUUCCUCUGUUCCCUAUGAAAAGGGGUUCAAUUUAUUGUUUUUUUUGGAAAACUUAUUGGGGGGUACCAAAGAGUUUGAUCCUUUUAUUAAGCACUAUUUUAAGAAAUUUUCUUACAAAUCUUUAGAUACGUUUCAAUUUUUGGAUACACUGUUCGAGUUUUUCACGGAUAAAAGGGAAUUGUUAGAAAAUGUGGAUUGGGAAACAUGGCUAUUUAAGCCAGGUAUGCCACCUAAACCUCAAUUUGAUACCACUCUGGCAAAUACUGUGUAUGCACUCGCUAAAAAAUGGUUACAUAACGCAUCUGAAUUUAAUUCGGUAGAAGAAUUUGAGUCUGCAUUUUCUUCAGAGGAUAUUAAGGGAUUCAAUUCCAAUCAAAUAGUUUUGUUUUUAGAAGUCUUGGUUCAAAAGGAAUUUUUAGGACAUAACGCCCCAGGAGGGUAUGACUGGGCUAAUUAUCCUUUGGCGUCCAGUUCAUUACUGAGUAUUUAUAGUGAAAAAAUUGCUCAGUCACAAAAUGCGGAAAUCAUUUUCAAGACAUUUAAGUUUGAAAUCCUUUGUGCAUUAAACAUUUACUACGAAAAAUUAGCUGCUUGGUUAGGUACUGUUGGAAGAAUGAAGUUUGUCCGCCCAGGUUAUAGAUUAUUGGACAGUGUUGAUCACAAAUUAGCUGUUGAUACAUUCCACAAAUUUAAGGAUAGUUACCAUCCUAUCUGCAAGAUGUUGGUGAGCCAAGAUUUAAAUAUGGUUGAGAAAAUGUAG